GGCUAUAGGCGUCACUCGUCAGUGAAAUGAUGAGAUAUCUUCGCAUAUCAGUGACAACAUGACAUCUCUGGUCUUCAUUUCUUCUUCCUAGCUAUCGUUCGAUUCCUCUCUCUCUCUCUCUCUCUCACUUUUUAUUUUCUUGCAGUCCAUCACGAUCUUUCUGUGAUCAGUUCAAAAGAAAAGGCUAGCUGAUCUCAGGGAGCUUGAUCGAUCAUAACCAAAAAGAUUCAGCAUUUCGGCUUCUUUUAUUUUUCCUCGAGGUUUUAGGCAAGCAGACCAAGCCUAAGUGCAGUCCUCGAACUAAAGGAGUGUCUUGCAUUCCGAAAGUACUUUUGCAGGACGUGAUAGCUCUGAUGCGAUUCUCUCUUUGCAUAGAAAGCGAUUUCCCUCGAUCGGGUGGUUGUGGAUUAAGCUUUUGGACGUGAAGGAUUCUUGGCGAUAGCCUUGUCAAUCAAAGAACCAGAAAGCGUGCUUGCGUGCUUAAUUACGUUGUUAGAUACACAAGCUGAUGGCUGAACUUGCAGCGAAAUGGCGGCGGUGGGGUAUGAGAUCCGUGCGGAUGGUGUUGUUGAACUUUCUCUUAGCUGUGGUGUUUGUUUCUGCAGAGCGGCACCUGAGGCUGGAAGAAGAUUCAAGACACGAUGGAACAGGAGGACCUGAAUCCAAGUAUCCUCUCAAAGCAGUGAAUUUGUUAUGGCAACCCCACAGAUCGGGUCGUAAUCACGUUUGGCCUGAGAUGAAAUUUGGGUGGAAAAUUGUUGUGGGUACCAUAAUUGGAUUCUGUGGAGCUGCGUUUGGGAGUGUCGGUGGCGUUGGCGGUGGUGGUAUUUUUGUUCCUAUGCUUAGCCUAAUUAUUGGGUUUGAUCCGAAGUCGGCUACAGCUAUUUCAAAAUGUAUGAUCAUGGGUGCAGCAUUCUCAACUGUUUAUUUCGACUUUAAGCUAAGGCAUCCUCAACUCGAUAUGCCCGUCAUUGACUAUGAUUUGGUUCUGCUCAUCCAACCAAUGCUCAUGUUGGGCAUUAGUAUAGGAGUGGCUUUCAACGUUGUGUUUGCGGAUUGGAUGGUCACAGUUUUGCUUAUCUUUCUCUUUAUAGUUAUUUCAACAAAGGCAUUAUUCAAGGGUACCGAAACAUGGAAAAAGGAAACCAUUAUGAAUAGGGAGGCUGCUAAGAGACUGAAGUCAAAUGAUUCUGGUGGUGCAGAAGUGGAAUACAAGUCUCUUCCUGGUGGCUCAAACAAUGGUGCUCAAAAGGACCCCCAAGAAUCAGAGGUCACUAUUCUUGAUAACGUUUACUGGAAGCAAUUUGGACUUCUCGUUUUUGUUUGGGUUGCAUUCCUUUUCCUUCAGAUAGCCAAGAUCCCAGUUUCUUUCGGGGUAUCUUUGUAUCAGGCAGUUGGCCUAUACAAGGGACACAGAGUUAUUGCAUCCAGGAAAGAUGAAAGGACAAACUGGCAAGUGCAUCAGCUGGCUACCUAUUGCUCUCUAGGUAUACUGGCAGGAAUAGUUGGCGGGCUGCUUGGACUUGGAGGAGGGUUUAUCAUGGCUCCGUUAUUUCUGGAGUUGGGAAUCCCCCCUCAGGUCUCAAGUGCCACUGCAAACUUCGGAAUGACCUUCUCUUCAUCUAUGUCUGUUGUGGAAUACUACCUUUUGAAACGUUUUCCUGUUCCUUAUGCUCUCUACUUUGUUGCAGUGUCUAUUGUUGCUGCCUUCAUUGGGCAGCAUAUUGUGAGAAAGUUGGUCAAUUUAUUUGGAAGGGCAUCACUAAUCAUCUUUAUUCUAGCCUUCACCAUAUUCAUCAGUGCAAUAUCCCUAGGUGGGGUUGGCAUUUCAAACAUGAUCGGGAAGAUUCAGCGGCACGAAUACAUGGGAUUUGAGAACCUCUGCAAGUAUGAUGCAUAGAUUGUUUCUCAGCUUGGUUCAUUCUUCUUUUACUUUUGGCUUCUUUGAUCCGUUGUUGUUUAUGCAGCAUAUGCUGUAAUACUGUAUUAUCUUUUUCUCAUAAAUUUCUGGUGCAGUUAGGCUGCCAAGAACACAGCCGAGAAGCAGAUCUUUUAUACUAUCUUUGCAAUAAUCCUUUUUAA